CAACCCUUGCACAGUGACAUCUCCACCUCUUUAUCCAGCAUCCAACGGCCCAGAUUGAACUGCACGCGUCGCUCUGAUUGCGUUUGCACGUGUCGAAGCCAAAAUCCGCACCGAUCCUAGCUAGGUUCCAAGUUCGAAGAGGCUCUGAAUCCAAUCUCAGGGCAAUAAUCUGUGCGUCGAAGAAGAAAGCUCGAUCGGUUAGACUCCGCAGCCAUGGCUGGCGGUCGAAGAAGAACCAAUAACCACAGCAGCAACAACAACGACAACAAUAGCAGCGGAAACAAGGGCAGAAGAAGAAGAAGAUCAGACCCGUCCUCUGUUAAAGGGACUCUGUUCGUUGAGGGCGGCUUCUUGUCCGAUUGGAACCGUAAUCCCUCGUCUCCCAUCCCUUCACGAGGAAAAAGUGCUAAUCCGAAUAGCAAAUCUGGGUCUGGGUCCAAAUCUGGAAGCUUUGAUCGGAGCAAAUCUUCUGGUUCUAGAAUUGAAUUCCGCAAAUCAAGUGGGAAUGCUAUCGGAUACCACUACCCUGCGGUUUACCGUCAGGAGGUCAAGGACGGAGAUAAUGUUAUAGAUGAUUCCCUCCCCAUUGUUUUAGUGGAUUCAAAGGAGACUCGAAUUGUUGCUUACGUAGAUCAAACACCUUCUUUGGAGCCUUUUGACAGGAAUAUUUCUUAUGAAUACAAUUCAGAAUUUGUGUUGGGUGAUGGCUCUCAUCAAGGAUUGGGAUUCCAUGCUGAACCAGAAGUAAAAUUGAAUAGAAUCAGAGGGUCCUCUGAGAAAAUGGAAGAGCAUAAAGUGUCAUGUUAUGAUUCAUCAUCCCAUGAGAAGGAUAUGGAUGCUGAUGAGAGUAUUAAUUGUGAGGUAGGCCAGACGCCUGAAGAAGUUUUGGCUGAGUUGUCUCCAGAACAGAAUUCUGGGUUUUUGUCAAUUGGAGGCAUGCGACUAUACACCCAAGAUAUAACUGACGAGGAAAGUAAUGGGGAUGACUAUAGGGGUUCUUCAGAUGAGGAAAGCAUAGACACGUCUGAGCCUGGAGAAGUAGUUGGAUCGUCUGAAAGUGAUGGUUCUGAAGAUUCAUCUGAUAGUGAUUCAGAUAUUGAUCAAGAAAUUGCAGAGGAUUACUUAGAAGGAAUUGGUGGAAGUGACAAUGUUUUAGAUGCCAAAUGGUUGGUGGAAUCAGUUUUGGGCAAAUCAGAUAAUGAAAGUUCUUCUAGCAGUUGCUAUGAUGAAACUGUAGAGAAGUUGGGUGGAAUUGCUCUCCAGGAUGCAUCUAAGGAAUACGGCAUGAAGAAGCCCAAAGCAAGGAAGAGAUACCCUUUAGCUUCCCGAGAUAAUUGGUCAUCUACUGUAGAUGACCUUAUUCUUGUAAAGGAUCCAAGAACUCUUUCUGCAAGAAAGAAGCAUGCCCCAAGGUUUCCUCAGUCUUGGCCUCUAGAGGCUCAAAAGAGUAGAUAUUCCAGAAGAUUUCCUGGUGAUAAAAAGAAACAUCGUAAGGAAAUGAUUGCCGUGAAACGUCGGGAGAGAAUGCUGCGGCGGGGUGUUGAUCUGGAGCAAAUUAAUACGAAACUAGAGCGGAUUGUGUUGGAUGGAGUAGAUAUGUUUUCUUUUCAGCCUAUGCAUUCCCGCGAUUGUUCCCAGGUACAACGAUUAGCUGCAAUAUAUCACUUGCGAAGUGGCUGCCAAGGUUCAAAAAAGAAAAGAUUUGUAACUGUGGUGCGAACACAACACACAUGUAUGCCAUCACCAAAUGAUAAACUACGCCUGGAAAAGUUGAUAUAUGCUGGCAAUGAGGAUGUUGAUUUUGCUGUGACAGAAGGCUCGAACUUAAAGUCUAGAGAUAAAAACAGGGUAAAGAAGACUGCUAAGGGCAAUGGUGAAGCAAGUGAGAAGAAUCGGAGUGGGAAAAAGGGUUCAUAUGCUAAUCAACCUGUGUCAUUCGUAUUGAGUGGUGCAAUGCAAUCAGGUGCUGUUGAGAAUAAAGCAGUUGAUUCACAAGAGAUAGAUGAGCAUGGUAAAAAUAAAGGGAUGGUUGGCUCAGCAAGCUUUGGUUCAUUUGAGGUGCACACUAAGGGUUUUGGAUCAAGAAUGAUGGCUAAAAUGGGAUUUGUUGAAGGUGGAGGGUUAGGAAAGGAUGGUCAAGGUGUGGCAGAGCCCAUUGAAGUUAUGCAGCGCCCUAAGUCGCUCGGAUUGGGUAUGGAAUUCUCCAGCUCCAAUGAAGACCCAACAAGCACCAAGUCCCAAAGAACUGAAGUUUCCAACUCCAGGGGUGAACCCACGAGGAACAAAUCACAAAACAUUGGAACUUUUGAAAAGCAUACGAAGGGAUUCGGAUCAAAGAUGAUGGCAAAGAUGGGAUUUGUGGAAGGCAUGGGAUUGGGCAGAAGUUCACAAGGGAUAGUGAAUCCUUUGACUGCUGUCAGGCUACCAAAAUCUCGAGGAUUGGGUGCCAAGGUUUAGAUCUAAUACAAAUUCAUUGAAUUUUAACAUUGCCAAGAUCACUCGAAUCAAUUUCUAGUUCCUUGUAAAUUAACUAAUCAUGGCAAAUCAUUUCAUUAUAAUCAACAUGCAAGAUAUCAUAUUUGUUGGUUUCA